UCUCUUUUGUCCUGCUGGGGUGAGGUCUCUCCCAGAGGCCGGGGUCCCAGGCUGAGACUUGGGGGACCCUCAGAAGAGGGCUUCUCUGAGGGGGAGGGGGCUCACGGCCCGGUUGGAAAGUCCCCAGUGAUUUAGGGGUUCCUCAGGCCUGGGUGGUGGAGGGAGCAACGGGGCCGCUGCCUGGGUCUGCCUGGGUGGGGGUCUGGUCCUUCUGGAAAAGAAGCCCCAAGGGGUGGGAGGUCCUGAGCCAGCAGACACCCCCCCCCACCCUCCUCCACACAUAGCGGGCAUCCCCGUCCUCCAGCUCCAAGGCUGCUCUUGGCCUCUUGGAGUUGCCCUCAGGGUGCCUGGAUUAAGCCGGUGCCAUCUGGGAAUCCAGGAAGAGGCCGCCAGGGGCUUUGCAGGUGUAACCUUCGCCAGCCUGCCUUGUGCCAACCAGCGUGUGUCCGGCAUUGACAUCAAGGCAAUGGAGAAACGCUCUGGUUGCUUUCCAGGCUGUGGGGCAACCUUGAAGAAGGAAGAGGAGGAGGAGGAGGAGGAGCAGGGUAUCUGCUGAGAACCGAAAGAGGAAGUCCUGCCUGGAGGUUAUCUUCUCAACUCAGCCGCCGCUGGUUAUGUAGAAGGGAAGCCCUGGGUGGCUGUGCUUGGCUCUCUCUUCCCUCUGAGUUGCAUGGCCGGAGAGGCUCACUUGAAGCACUGAGGAAGGAAAGGGUCUUCCUCCCUUUAAAUCUCCCCUCCCCCGCUUUAUUUCUUUGCACUUCUACUGAGGCAGCUUUGAUCUGCAAUGACAGGGAAAUCCGUGAGGGAUGUGGACAGGUACCAGGCUGUCCUUACCAACCUGCUGCUGGAAGAAGAGAACAAAUACUGUGCAGACUGUCAGGCGAAAGGGCCAAGAUGGGCCUCGUGGAACAUUGGCGUCUUUAUUUGCAUCCGCUGUGCUGGAAUACACCGGAACUUGGGAGUCCAUAUCUCCAGAGUAAAAUCUGUCAAUCUGGACCAAUGGACACAAGAACAAAUACAGUGCAUGCAAGAAAUGGGAAAUGGGAAAGCAAAUCGCCUUUACGAAGGUUACCUGCCAGAGAACUUCAGACGACCCCAGACAGACCAAGCAGUGGAGAGCUUUAUCAGAGACAAAUAUGAAAAGAAGAAGUACAUGGACAGAAGUCUCGACAUCAACACGUUACGGAGAGAAAAGGAUGAAAAAUGGAAGAAGGAAGCGGCCAUUGGGAAAAAUGUGGAGCCAGUUAUCUUUGAGAAAGUCAGAAUGCCUCAGAAGAAAGAGGAUCCUCAAACUACAAAAAGUCUUUCCAGACCCUCAGAGCCAGUCAUAGACCUGCUGGGACUUGAUGUUCCUGUUUCGAGUGCCCUCCCCAAUGGAAGAGCCAGCAGUUGUUUGGAGAAAGACUUGGACCUAUUUGGAUCCCUGGGUACUGAGAGAAAGGUUGUUGGCUCAAUGCCCACAGCUGGAAGUGCUGGAUCUGUUCCUGAAAAGCUGAACCUGUUCCCUGAGCCCGACAGCAAGGCUGAAGAGACGGGGAAGAAGCAGCUCUCCAAGGAUUCCAUCCUCUCUUUAUAUGGCUCCCAUACCCCACAGAUCCCCGCACAAGGGGCUGUGUUCCUAGCGCCUACUCAAAUGGGCUAUCCGGCCGCCUUUCCCAAUUUCCCAGGCAUAGCACCACCUAGUGGCAUGAUGGCACCACCUGUGGGGGUGAUGGCGCAGCCAGGAGCGGCAGCAGGCGUGGCAGCACCUAUGGCGAUCCCAGCAGGUUAUGUAGGCGGCAUGCAGACUGCAGUAAUUGGGGUCCCCAAUGGGAUGAUGGCAACGCAACAAGCUGGGUACAUGCCUGGCAUGACACCUGUCCCACCACCAGUGUAUGUUGUACAACCAGCUCACCAAUUACAAUGGAACCUUGCUCAGGUGACACAGCAAAUGGCAGGGAUGAACUUUGGUGGCACCAACGGGGUGAUGCGCUAUGGACAGUCAAUGGGCAGAGGGGGUGCCCCAGGAACCAAUCAAGCUCUCAGUUCCCAGGUUUGGAAAUAACACCCCCUGGACCUGGACUAUUUUCUCGUUUAUUUUUAGCUUCGGCUCUCUUGGUUAUGUUUUCCCAGUUCUGUAUUAAGCAUCAGUUAUUCCCUGAUGUUAUGUUUUUACUUACCGUGCUGAAUGAGUCUCGGAUGGAUAUUCCUCUUGUGAACAGAGACCUACUCUGCCAAUUUCCCACCUCGUGUUCAAAACGCUGACUUGGCUCACCUUGUCCCUAGGCGAGCAUUUUGGUUUUUUUUUUUAGCAGGGUGGAACGAGAGAUGACAGGUGGCCGUUCUGGUAGAUAUAACCCUCAUUCCAAAGCCUGUUCUGGGAUUGCAGAAGGCGUGGUCAUGAUGGCUGAAUGUGACCUUUGCCUCUUUAGUUGUGACUUCACCUCAAGGCACUUUGUAUUUUAGGAUUUUGGCACCAAAUACUCUUUUUUUAUUCCAAUACAUUCCAUGAUUUUUGUGGCGUUUUCCAAAACUACUUCAUGAGCUUGAAACGCGUUAUACCUGGAGAGGAAUCCCAUCAGCCCUCAAGCACAAAUCAUGCUUCUUUUCUGAAAGUGAGUUGGGAGGAAACGUACCUCUUAAAAGCAGCUGCUGCUCAUUUAGUCCUGGCAUAUUUAAAUGCUUUUUUUUUUCCCUUUCUUUCUCCUUAUUUUAACCUCUGGAAGAUCUAGCCUAGCAUUUCUCAAUCUUCGCUACUUUAAAAUGUGUGAAUUUCAACUCCCAGAAUUCCAGUGCUUGCUGGAGGAGUCUGAGAGUUGAAGUCCAUAUCUUGAAGCUCCUAAGGUUCAGAAACACUCCCUUAACUGAUAAAGGUCCAGGACUCUGGCAAAUUUUCCCUUGUGUAACUCCCACAAGCACUCAAAACUUGCCUGCAUGAUGACUUUUAUCAGAGGGAGAAAACUUUCCGAGAUGGGGCCUAUCUCCCGUCUGAGUCAUUUCACACAGACAGUGAUCACCCAGUUCACAAUUUUGAAAGGUUUUGUAGCACAAAUAAAAGCCAGGCACCCACUUUAUCUUGUGUAUAUGUAAAUUCGUUAAUAAAA